AUGGAGAAUACAACUCUACCUGUCAGUCUUUUCUGGGCUAAUUUCAGUUUCAUAAAUGAACGGUCUGCAUUCUCGCUAAGCUUGCAAAAAGGGCUACGCAUCUCCUCCAUGGUCAUCUACAGCCUUGCCUUCUUCUUGGGGGUCAUCGGAAAUGGGCUGGUCAUUUUCAUCACCGGCUUCCGUAUGAAGAAGACAGUCAGCAUCAUCUGGUUCCUCAACUUGGCUAUUGCUGAUUUCACCUGCACCUUCUUCCUUCCGCUGAGCAUUGCCCACCUCGCUUUGGCCUAUCAGUGGCCAUUUGGUGAGGUCAUGUGCAAGGUCAGCCCUUCCAUGAUUAUCCUCAACCUCCAUGCCAGCGUUUACUUCCUCAUGAUCAUUAGUGUAGACCGUUGUAUUUCCGUGAGAUGUCCCGUGUGGGCUCGGAAUCACCGGACCCCCCGCCUGGCUACCUUUGUGGCUUUGGGUACCUGGAUUCUGGCACUGGCACUAUGUUCUCAAAACCUCUAUUUCAGGAAGACCUCGAGUAUUGGUCAUAUAGUCUUUUGCUAUAAGGAAUACAGCAGUGAUAGGGAGCAAGCAAAAAUCAUCCACCGUGCCACAGUGAUCAACCGGUUCAUCUUAACCUUUGCCAUUCCCUUCAGCGUUAUCAUUGUUUGCUACAGGGUGAUUAUUCUGCAGCUUAGGAGGAACAGCUCAGCUUGGUCAAACAAGCCCUUCAAGGUGAUAACUGCAGUGAUCGUGGCCUUUUUCAUCUGCUGGUUUCCCUAUCAAGUUUUCUGUUUUCUUGAGGUUCAAGCCCAUGAGGACCCAAACCUGAAUUCUAUAGUCAAUCAUUUUUUCCCUUUGAUAGCCAGCUUGGCCUUCAUCAACAGUGGUCUCAACCCCAUCCUGUAUGUCUUCGUGGGGCGUGAGAUCAAGGAAAGGCUGAAACGCUCCAUCCUCUCAGUAUUUGAGAAUGCCUUUUCUGAGGAGAUCAACUGGAGCACAAGACAAAAAAAAAUGACUGAUGAUGUGACCCAUUGCAAUAUAAUUAUUUUCAGACUGGACACUUUCUCACCAACUGGAGAAGAACAGGAAGUCUCAUGCAUGGAUGAAGACAGAAAAUAG